AUGGAGUUCCCCUUUGGGUCCGUAAAAACUACCAACUUCCGUCGGUUCACUCCAGAGUCGUUGGCAGAGAUUGAGAAGCAAAUCGCGGCCCAUCGGGCAGCCAAAAAAGUGAAAAAAAAGCGCAGAGAGCACAAAGGCCAGGAUGAGAAGCCGCGGCCCCAGCUGGACUUGAAAGCCUGUAACCAGCUGCCAAGGUUCUAUGGUGAGCUCCCAGCAGAACUGGUCGGGGAGCCCUUGGAGGACCUGGACCCAUUCUACAGCACAUGCCGGACAUUCAUGGUGCUGAAUAAAGGGAGGACCAUUUCCAGGUUCAGUGCCACUCGGGCUCUAUGGCUAUUUAGUCCCUUCAACUUGGUCAGAAGAACGGCCAUCAAAGUGUCUGUCCACUCCUGGUUCUCUAUAUUUAUCACCGUCACUAUUUUGGUCAACUGUGUGUGCAUGACCCAAGCAGAUCUCCCUGAGAAAAUUGAGUACGCCUUCACUGUCAUUUACACCUUUGAAGCUUUGAUAAAAAUACUGGCAAGAGGAUUUUGCCUAAAUGAGUUCACUUACCUGCGAGACCCUUGGAACUGGCUGGACUUCAGCGUCAUUACCCUGGCAUAUGUUGGUGCAGCAAUAGAUCUCCGAGGAAUCUCAGGCUUGCGGACAUUCCGAGUUCUUAGAGCUUUAAAAACAGUUUCUGUGAUCCCAGGGCUGAAGGUCAUUGUGGGGGCCCUGAUCCACUCAGUGAGGAAACUGGCUGACGUGACCAUCCUCACCAUCUUCUGCUUGAGUGUCUUUGCCUUAGUGGGUCUGCAGCUCUUCAAGGGGAACCUCAAGAACAAAUGCAUGAAGAACAACAGCACAGAGCCCCAGGAGGCUGCUAAUUACUCAUCUCAAAAUGCAGGGAAUGUCUUCUUCAAGAUAGGCACUACCGAUCCCUUACUUUGUGGCAAUGGAUCUGAUGCUGGCCAAUGCCCUAAGGGAUACACAUGCCUGAAAACUUCUGACAACCCAGAUUUCAACUACACCAGCUUUGAUUCCUUUGCAUGGGCUUUCCUCUCGCUGUUCCGCCUCAUGACACAGGAUUCCUGGGAACGCCUCUACCAGCAGACGCUCCGGGCUUCUGGAAAAAUGUACAUGGUCUUUUUCGUUCUUGUCAUCUUCCUGGGGUCUUUCUACCUGGUCAACUUGAUCUUGGCGGUGGUCACCAUGGCAUAUGAGGAACAGAACCAGGCAACGAUUGCAGAAAUUGAAGCCAAGGAGAAGAAGUUCCAAGAGGCCCUUGAGGUGCUCCAGAAGGAGCAGGAGGUGCUGGUAGCCCUGGGGAUCGACACAGCCUCUCUCCACUCCCACAGUGGAGCACCUUUAGCCUCCAAAAACACCCAUGAGAGAAAGCCCAAAAUGAAAUCGAGAGUGUCAGAAGGCUCCGCAGAUGACAACAGGUCACCCCGAUCUGAGCCCUACAAUCAACGCAGGAUGUCUUUCCUAGGCCUUUCUUCUGGAAAACGCCGGUCUAGCCAUGGCAGUGUGUUCCAUUUCCGAGCUCCCACACAAGAUGCCUCAUUCCCUGAUGGAAUCACAGAUGAUGGAGUCUUUCAUGGAGACCAUGAAAACCACCGAGGCUCCCUACUGCUGGGCAGGGGUGCUGGACAGCCAGGCCUUCUCUCCAGGAGCCCACUGCCUCAGUCCCCCAACCCUGGUCCCAGACAUGGAGAAGAGAGGCAGCUCACAGUGCCCACUGGUGAACUUGUGCCUGGAGCUACUGAAGUCUCGGCGUUUGAUGCAAGACAGAAGAAGGAUUACCUGUCAGCAGAAUACUUGAAUGAGCCUUUCCGAGCCCAAAGAGCAAUGAGCGUUGUCAGUAUCAUGACUUCCGUCAUUGAGGAACUGGAAGAGUCUAAGUUGAGAUGUCCACCCUGCUUGAUUAACUUGGCUCAGAAGUUUCUGAUCUGGGAAUGCUGUCCCAAAUGGAUGAAGCUCAAGACAGUUCUCUUCGAGCUGGUGACUGACCCCUUUGCUGAGCUCACCAUCACCUUGUGCAUCGUGGUGAACACUGUCUUCAUGGCCAUGGAGCACAACCCCAUGACCACAGCCUUUGAACACAUGCUCCAAGUUGGCAACAUUGUCUUCACUGUGUUUUUCACUGCCGAAAUGGUCUUCAAAAUCAUCGCCUUCGACCCCUACUAUUACUUCCAGAAGAAGUGGAAUAUCUUCGACUGUAUCAUCGUCACCAUGAGCCUGCUGGAGCUGAGCAUAGCCAAGAAGGGGAGUUUGUCUGUGCUUCGGACCUUCCGCUUGCUGAGAGUCUUCAAGCUGGCCAAGUCCUGGCCCACCCUGAACACACUCAUCAAGAUCAUUGGCAACUCAGUGGGGGCUCUGGGGAACCUGACCUUCAUCUUGGCCAUCAUUGUCUUCAUCUUCGCCCUGGUUGGAAAGCAGCUUCUUGGAGAGGACUACCGGUGCAAACAGGACGCCAUCACGCAGCCAGGUGAUAAACAGCCCCGCUGGCACAUGUGGGACUUCUUCCACUCUUUCCUCAUCAUCUUCCGGAUCCUCUGCGGAGAGUGGAUUGAGAACAUGUGGGCCUGCAUGCAAGUCAGUGAGAAAUCCAUAUGCCUCAUCCUUUUCUUGACGGUGAUGGUGCUGGGGAACCUGGUGGUGCUCAACCUGUUCAUUGCCUUGCUGUUGAACUCCUUCAGUGCUGACAACCUCACAGCCCCGGAGGAUGAUGGGGAGGUGAACAACUUGCAGGUGGCACUGGCUCGGAUACAGGUGUUUGCCCAUUGGGCCAAGCAGGCCAUUAGCAAUUAUUUCAGCAGCUGCUGUCGGCUCCCCUGGCCUAAGGUGGGACCCCAGCUGGAGGUGAAACCCCCACUCACCAACUCCAAAGUCGAGAACCACAUUGCUGUGGAUGUUAAUGCUUCUGUGGAGAACCAGAUACAGCCAGCUCUCAACAGCCCCAGGGAAGACAACAGUGACUUCAUCACUAAUCCUAAUGUGUGGGUCUCCGUGCCCAUUGCUGAGGGUGAAUCCGAUCUCGAUGAGUUGGAGGAAGAUGUUGAGCAGGAUGCUCAGAGCUCCUGGCAGGAUGUGAGCCCCAAAGGACAGCAGGAACAACUGCAGCAAGUUGAGAGGUGUGAGGACCACCUGGGACAUAGGAGCCCAGGCUCUGGGAUGUCCUCUGAGGACCUGGCUCCUUACCUGGGUGAGAGAUGGAAGGAGGAAGCUACCCUUCAGGUCCCUGCUGAGGGAGUGGAUGACACGAGCUCUUCUGAGGGCAGCACCGUGGACUGCCCGGAUCCUGAGGAGAUCCUAAGAAAGAUCCCUGAGCUGGCAGAUGAACUAGAAGAACCAGAUGACUGCUUCACAGAAGGCUGUACCCGCCGCUGUCCCUGCUGCAAAGUAAAUACCAGUAAGUUUCCAUGGGCCACGGGCUGGCAGGUACGCAAGACUUGCUAUCGCAUCGUGGAGCACAACUGGUUUGAGAGCUUCAUCAUCUUCAUGAUCCUGCUCAGCAGUGGGUCCCUGGCCUUUGAAGAUUACUACCUGAAGAGGAAGCCAAGGGUGGAGUCUGUGCUGGAGUACACGGACAGGGUGUUCACCUUCAUCUUUGUGUUUGAGAUGCUGCUCAAGUGGGUGGCCUAUGGCUUCAAAAAGUACUUCACCAAUGCCUGGUGUUGGCUGGACUUCCUCAUUGUCAAUAUCUCUCUGACAAGCCUCAUAGCAAAGAUUCUUGAUUAUUCAGAUGUGGCACCCAUCAAAGCUCUUCGGACACUCCGUGCCCUGAGGCCACUGCGGGCUCUGUCUCGAUUUGAAGGCAUGAAGGUAGUGGUGGAUGCACUGGUGGGUGCUAUCCCCUCCAUCAUGAACGUCCUCCUCGUCUGCCUCAUCUUCUGGCUCAUCUUCAGCAUCAUGGGCGUGAACCUUUUUGCAGGGAAAUUUUGGAGGUGUGUCAACAUCAGCAGUAAUCCGUUUUCUGUUGUGAAUUCAACAAUGGUGGACAACAGAGAAGACUGUCGGAAUCAAAACUACACUGGCUGCUUCUUCUGGGUCAAUGUGAAAGUCAACUUUGACAACGUUGCGAUGGGUUACCUUGCACUUCUUCAGGUGGCAACCUUCAAAGGCUGGAUGGACAUUAUGUAUGCAGCUGUUGAUUCUCGAGAGGUGGACAAUCAGCCCAAGUGGGAGGAUAAUAUAUACAUGUACCUGUACUUCAUCGUCUUCAUCAUCUUCGGAGGCUUCUUCACACUCAAUCUCUUUGUUGGGGUCAUAAUCGACAACUUCAAUCAACAGAAAAAAAAGCUAGGGGGCCAGGACAUCUUCAUGACAGAGGAACAGAAAAAGUACUACAAUGCCAUGAAGAAGCUGGGCUCCAAGAAGCCCCAGAAGCCCAUCCCACGGCCCCUGAACAAGUAUCAGGGCUUUGUCUUUGACAUUGUGACCAGACAAGCUUUUGACAUUGGAAUCAUGGUCCUCAUUUGCCUCAACAUGAUCACCAUGAUGGUGGAGACUGAUGAGCAAAGUAAGGAGAAGACGGAGAUCCUGGCCAGAAUCAACCAGUUCUUCGUGGCUGUGUUCACAGGCGAGUGUGUCAUGAAGAUGUUUGCCUUACGGCAGUACUACUUCACCAACGGCUGGAAUGUGUUCGACUUCAUUGUGGUGAUCCUUUCCAUUGGGAGUCUGGUGUUUUCUGCAAUUCUUACAUCACUUGAAAGUUACUUCUCCCCGACUCUCUUCCGAGUCAUCCGCCUGGCCCGAAUCGGCCGCAUCCUCAGGCUGAUCCGUGCGGCCAAGGGGAUCCGCACAUUGCUCUUUGCCCUCAUGAUGUCCCUGCCCGCCCUCUUCAACAUCGGGCUCCUGCUGUUUCUCGUCAUGUUUAUCUACUCAAUCUUUGGAAUGUCCAGCUUUGCUAAUGUCAAGAAUGAGGCUGGCAUCGAUGAUAUGUUCAACUUCAAGACCUUUGGCAACAGCAUGCUGUGCCUCUUCCAGAUCACCACGUCAGCUGGCUGGGAUGGUCUCCUCAGCCCCAUCCUCAACACAGGACCCCCCUACUGUGACCCCACCAAUGCCAACGAAAAUGGCUCCCAUGGGAACUGUGGAAACCCAGCAGUGGGCAUCAUCUUCUUCACCACCUACAUCAUCAUCUCCUUCCUCAUUGUGGUCAACAUGUACAUUGCAGUGAUUCUGGAGAAUUUCAACGUUGCCACAGAGGAAAGCACUGAGCCUCUGAGCGAGGAUGACUUCGACAUGUUCUAUGAGACCUGGGAGAAAUUUGACCCAGAGGCCACCCAGUUCAUUACCUUUUCUGCCCUCUCAGACUUUGCAGACACUCUCUCUGGCCCUCUUAGAAUUCCCAAACCCAAUCAGAAUAUAUUGAUUCAGAUGGACCUGCCCUUGGUCCCUGGAGAUAAGAUCCACUGCUUAGACAUCCUUUUUGCCUUCACAAAGAAUGUCUUGGGAGAAUCUGGGGAGUUAGAUUCUCUGAAAGCAAAUAUGGAAGAGAAGUUUAUGGCAACUAAUCUUUCAAAAGCAUCCUAUGAACCAAUAGCUACCACCCUCCGGUGGAAGCAGGAAGACAUCUCAGCCACUGUCAUUCAAAAGGCCUAUCGGAGCUAUGUGCUGCACCGCUCCUUGACACUCUCCAGCCCCCUGAGUGUGCCCAGGGCUGAGGAGGAUGCUGUGCCUCUCCCAAAUGAAGGCUUUGUUACAUUCAUGGCAAAUGAUGAUGGUGGGCUCCCAGACAAAUCAGAAACUGCAUCUGCCACAUCUUUCCCACCAUCCUAUGAUAGUGUCACCAGAGGCCUUAGUGACAUUGUCCACAUUAGCACAUCCAGCUCAAUGCAAAAUGAAGAUGAAACCAUCAGUAAGGAAGAGAAUAAUCCCAGAGCACAGUGA